AUGAUAGUGACAAGUCUAUUAGUCAAGUGUAUUUUGCUGUCGAUAGUGUCGUUUGCUGUGAAAGGAGAAGAAACACCCCGUAUAUGGAAUUACUAUGAGAGGGUCAUAAAAGUCGUUCUCUCCAGUACGGAUUACAGUGAUGUAAUGGCGGAUCCAUAUUUCUCUUAUCUUGCUGAGCAAGGCAUUCUUUUAUCAAAUUCUCACGCAAUAUGGAGACCGUCUCAACCAAAUUAUAUAGCAAUGAUCCAUGGUAACAAGGGAGGAGUGUCGCCUUUAACCGUCUUGAUAAAAAUGCAGCUCUUUAAUACAGACUCGGACGUGGAUGGUCCGUCUCUUCCAGAAAGAUUAGAAGAGAGAAAUAUUACAUGGAAGGCAUAUAUGGAGAACUAUCCAGGGGAUGGAUUUACGGACUCGCAUGACGAGCAGAAUUUAUAUUACAGAAAGCAUAAUCCAUUCAUAUCAAUGACAAACAUACGCGAAAAUCCAGACAUGGUGGCCAAGAUAGUAAACGCUGAUCAACUGAAAACGGACAUGGAGAAUGGUGAUGUACCCGAGUACUGCUUCUAUGUACCGAAUAUUAAGCAUUCUGGUCAUGAGACAAACGUCACAUACACAUCAAACUACAUACGUUACGCUUUAAUGCCAAUUCUUCAGCCAAUUCUCACGUCAUCUAGAACACUUCUCAUAAUAACGUAUGAUGAGCCAGCAUCGUUAAUCGAGAUUGCUACUAUCAACCAUAUCUUUACAUUAUUAAUUGGCCCAAAUGUAUUAAGACCUCGUAUACAUGAGGAUGCAUCGUAUUAUAAUCACUAUAGCCUACUUGUAAAUAUAGAAGAUAACUGGAAUCUUACCAGAUUGGGGACAGAACACGAACGUGAUGCAAGUAUAAUAGACCCUAAUUUGUUCGGCCUGCUCGUCUUGGCAUUUGACCCAGAGACAGCAAAUAUUCUAGCAAACUCGCUCAGAAACGAUCAAUGGAAGAAAUGGUAUAGAGCGUUAGUAAGACUUCCAACCGAUAUGAGCCAACUGCCAAGGCAAUCCCUUUAUCUGCAAGGAACUAUGAUUGCACCAGCAGGACGAUUAGCAAAGAGUGGAAGGUUGCAUAGUUGGAUAACAAGGUCACCAGCAACAAUCCAACCUUACAAAAUCCAAUCACCUGAACAAGUCGAUUCCAACACGACCACCAUCGAUAGUCCCACUAUGGAAGACAAAGACACAAUGUCUCCCUUGACUUUACUCUCUCCCCUUCACUUGACCCAUCUAACCUUCCACCACAACAAACUUCCUCACUCUCUGCAUUCUACAUCUCUUGCCAACUCUCUCUUUGCCCACUCUGUUCCACCUCGUUACCCUUCUUCCAAACCCUCUUCCACAUCAUUCUAUCUUGACUCUAUAUAUCCUACUUCUCAGACGGUUCUGUACAAUCUUUUAUUGCACACAGGCCGGACUCAUCAGAUUCGCGUACAUUUGGCUGAAGCGGGAUUUCCCAUUGUGGGAGAUUACGUAUACGAAAAUUUACGAAGAAGAAACGCGUACGAUCCUGAUGCCGAACUGGCGUUGCAAAGUUGUAGAAUUAAAUUUCCUAUGCCUGGGGUAGAUGGAGAAUGGGUGGAUGUUAAAGCUGAAAUCCCUAAAGAUUGGGAUAAAUGGAUGGUGGAAUAA